CACUGUUUCCUUGGCAGGAGAUCAGCUGAGACCUUAGUACUGUAGUCGGCUCGUUGUCCAGGGUGGGGGGGUACGAGUCAAGGCAAUAAGUGAGGCCCAGCCCCGCAUUGUGCCCGUCUCUGCGAUGCUCGGCCAAGCCCAAAAGGCACUGCGCUUGUUUAAGGGUUUUACACAAGCGCCAAUGGUUUGGCUGGCGUAGGGGAAAACUCCUCGCUCGACCAAGGGUAGGUGUACUGCACAUACAAGAGCUGGAUAUAGCCAACCGUGCAAAUUCAGUCUUCAGUCUGAGGCUGGCCACAACGGAUCAGAUCCUCGUUUCUUCCGCCGGAAAAAAAAAAAACAAAAAACAAAAAUUUUUUUUUUGUUUGUUUUGGUUUUCCAUCUCUUCCCCUUUUUUUGAUUUUGAUUUCGAGUUUCUUUCGUGUCUCAUUUUGGAGAAUGUUUGGAAUUGAGGAACAGACAAUCAGUGAUUCCGAUUUUUGAUUGAAAAAAUUCCAAAAAAAUCGUGUGUGUCUGUGUGUGUGUGAGUGUGUGUGCGUGAUUGUGUGUUUGAUGACUUGAUUGACAAGUGCUUCAUUAUCGACAUCUUCCUUUGAAGUGAUUUUCGUACGUUUUACUGAACUCCGCCACUCGUUUCCGGUUCACCUGUUUGUUUUGUUUUUCUUGAAAGAAUCGUUUCACUCACCACGUCCAUCUUACGUCAUCAGGAACGAAAUGGCUCAUCCUAAAACAAGGUCCGCUUAUUGUUGUUCUAUCGACUUGGGGCCGGGCGGAUGCCGCCCUCAACAUCAUCACGGACUGAGUGAUCGUUGCGGAUGCUCCGCCAUCGCCGCCACAUUCGACUGAUAUUCACACAUACACACAGCACACACAUCCUUCCUACACACACACACACCCAAUUGCGGGUCGGGGGGUUGAGGGGGAAGAAAACAAUCUUCGCCAAUCAAAUCAUCAUUCAAUCAUUUAUUAAAACAGGUAAAUAUUCUUCUUUCUUUUUUUCUUAAAAAAACAAAACAAAAAUAAAUCGCCCUCGGGUGGUGGCGCUGCAGUAGUCGUGGCGUUGAAAUGACUGUAGGCUACUAGCGCGCAAAGUUAUCGAUCGGUUAACGGUGGGCGGCAAAUCGGACACAAUCAAACAUGAAAACCGACACGGGAAUUGAAUUGAGAGUUAUCCGACUACGUUGACGGAUGCCCCAAUCUAUAAGAACGUAACGGAAUACCAAGAAAAAAAAAAAAGAGUAUCGACCCCGUGCCGGAGACGACCGACGCAAAAAGAAACGCGCAUAUGAAGAAGCUUCCGGCUUUUUUCUUCCGCAGUUCUUUUCCUCUUUCUAUUUUUUUUUUUUGCGUGUGUGUGGAAUAAAUGCGCGCAAAAUCAAAUAAAAUCAAAUAGAAAUAGAAACAUGUGGAAACUGAUGGGUCACGUCAGCUGUCGGGACUAUCUCGACAGGAAUGGACGGAAAAAAGAAAAGCGGAAAAUGGCGCAAUACUGAAAGGAAAAUGUCGUGAAACGGGCAGAAAGAUGUGUCAGUCAGGUUGACUGAUGAUCCCGACAAAAUUCCGCGAUUUGAACGUUAUGAAUGUCGAUCAAACACUGAAAACCCCCCAUUAAAAGCGAACUCUUUUUCCUUAUCAAAAGGACAUUGAUAUUCUUCUCAUAUUAUGUUUUUCAAUUAAAAUUUCUUUCUGUUUAAGAACAGGCGCAAAAAUUAAAAGAAAAAAACUCGGAUAUCAUUUUUUUGCGUUUCUUUCCACAAAAAAAAAAAAAAUUUUGCCAAUUUGCCACCGCCGCCGCCGCUAGCCGUUGGGGGGCGCUGGAGACGGAACCAUUCCAUCCAUCAUCAAUGGUUUCGGCCCAGGUGCGGCUAGCCUUGCAGGCCAUGCGCUAUUACCGGCUGUGGAUCUACGCGUCCAAUCUGGUCCUGAUGGCCGGCGUGGUCAUCUUCGCAUCCGUGGCGGCCGUCCUGCUGUCCGACCCGAGGCGACAGCUUUUGCCGCCGGCCGCCGUGGCUGCGCAUCAGCCGAGCGUCGUCUACGCCUACGCCGCCCUCUUCCUACAAGGAGCCGUUCUGCCCGUCGUCGGAUGUCUGGGCGCUCUGCGGCUCAGCGAAAAGCUCCUCAAUUCCUACUGGAUCCUUUUGCUGGUCCUGCUGGCCGGCGACAUCAUCGUCGGCCUCGUCUGGGUCUUCCGCUUCCAAAAACUCGUGGCCGGCCUCGUGCCGGACUUGAAAAAUCGACUCAGCCUCGACUACGGUCACGACGCCGAUUUCGACGCCGCGUGGGACCUGCUGCAGCGAUCGGCCCGCUGUUGCGGCGUCGAAUCGCCGGCCGAUUUCAACAACUCGCAUUGGCUGGCCAACCUGGCAGACCGGCCGGCCUGGCAGCCUGCCGGACUGUCCACCAAUCGAGUGCACGUUCCGUCUGCGCCGCACGGCCGUCCGCUGCGGCCGUCGCUGAUCCGCGAUCAGCGAGUCAGCCGACUGCCUCUGCCCGAUUCGUGCUGCAAAUCGGCCAGUUUCAGCAGCGAGCAGUUGCGCAAAAACGGACAUUUCAUGACCAUGGCCAGCGAAGUGCCUCCCGGCCGCAAGGAAGUCUACGGGACGGGCAAACAUCGCCAGCAAUUGAGGGACUACAACGAACGCUAUCACGAGCGAAUGAUGAGAGAACAGCUCCACCUCCAGCAGCAACAACAACAACAACAAUUGGCGGGGAAUUUGAGUUUGAACCAUCGAUCCGUCACUGCGAUCCCGCCGCAGGGAUCCAUCCGCAUCCAGCGACGAGCGACGACCACAACAGCGGCUCCAGCGUUUCCAAUUAGUCCGUCCGUCGGCCACAAGAAAGACGCCCAGCAUCAUCAACAGCACUCCAACCAACACAGACAUCGGACUGUGACGGCCGAAGAGAAAGAGGCGGAAGAGGAGGACGACGACGAUGAUGGAAGCGAAGGGGAUCAAGAGCCGUCGGUCGAGUGCGGCGGAGUGUGGCCCAGCGUGGGCGACGUCAGCGACGUGCACGAGUCCGGAUGCGGUGAAUACGUUUCGUCGUGGCUGCACAUGACGGGCGACACGCUCUUCGUGCUCGGCUAUUGCGUGCUGGCCUUCAUCAAACUCUGUUUCCUGGCCAUUUUGCGCUACGAGCUGCGCGAGAUGGUGGCCAAAAUCAAAAUCCUGCAGAGCGAACAGGCGCUGAUGAACUCGUCGACGGGCGUGGCGGCCGGGGCCGGCCCCGCUAACAACAUGCCCUUCACUCAUUGCGAAAUGAGCGGAAUCAGGGCCGUCAUGGCCAGAGGCACUGGCGCUCCCAUUCCGCCGGCCCUGGUGGCCACUGAAGUGGCAACUGAUUUGCACGACAACUUCAACACGGCGGCCGGACAACAAAGCAGAGAGUCGACCCACUUGCCCAAUGGAGAAGUGCCUUCCGGCGGAGGGACGACAACAACAUCGGCAUCAACGACCGGACUGUCCGCCCUGAGGAUACCCCGCCCUCGUCGCCAGUCUAGUUUCUCAUCCGGAGAGUACCACCUCAUCAAUCCGUUUGUCCAACCACAACAACCGCACCAACUACAACAGCAAGGGGAGGAGGAGGAGGAGGAGGAAGAAGAAGAAGGGGACAAUGAGACGGACAAUGACCUCUUCAGUCCACCCGACACGCCUAUUCAUCACUUGCAGCAGCAGCAGCAGCAACAACAACAACAUCGAACGGUUCAUCAAUUGCCGCAAAACAACGACAAUGGCGCCGAUUCAGAUUCGGGCAGCCAUUGCGCUUUAUUGCCGUCCAGCUGCAACAGCACGGGCCCGCCUCAGCGUCGACUUAUCCACAAAGAAUGGGAUCCUUCCGAUCAGACGACGACAAUAGUACCGCCAACAACAAUUCAACAGCAGUCCAGUUGCACCAGCAACUGGGUACAGCCACUGCAGCAGCAGCAACAACACGAAAACGGCUGGCCGGGCCGGCCCAAUGGCAACAAUAAUGAAUAUCACGAAUUGAGGGAAAUCAAACAAACUCAGAUUUAAAAAAAUAAAAAGAAAAGCAAUUUUUUUUUUCCUUUUUUUUUUUCAAUAAUCUUCCACGAUCUUUUGUCGAACGUCGUCAAGGCGACGGCGAGAAAAAAAAAUGAAAAAUUCGCCCAGGAACAGGGGCCGAAAGUCAACAACAAGAGGAAACAACCCGAUAAUCUGAUCACGAAGUUGAGUUUUUUUUUUUUUUUUUAAUGGCAGCCAUUCUUUGUGUGUGUGUGUGUGUGUACGUGCGCCCAGUGAGAUAAAAAAAAGAAAAUCCUGAAUUCAAUUCGCCUGAAAGACUUUUCCUCCUGGUAACAGAUUUUGGUGGUAAGAAAAAGAGAAAUGAAAAGAGGCGACUGGCCUUGCCAAUAUUGACUUUCUCUAUUUCUCCUGACACAAGUGAUCCGAAACCGCAUCCACAAAUCUCUUCUUCUGUUUGUUACUCUCCUUACUCUAUCAGCGUUUUCAAUACCGAAAUUUAAACCCUCGUCUAUAUAAUACCAUAAGCGCGUGUGUACACAUCAGUUCUCUUAUCUAUUUUGUUUCCUUCCUCCUAAUUUAAUUUGUCAAUUAUCUGUCGGGAGUGCCGUCGUCUGUCAAUUGUUACUUAUAUACAUAUAUCAUCAUAUAAUAUAUAUAUAAGUAAUAUAUUAAACAUUUUCUGGUGAUGAGCAAGAGAUUUGCUAGACGUGCGAAUAUGUGAUGGUUUCUUUGUGUCUAUUCAUUUCGUUUGUUUUAAAGCGUCCAAAAUGAUUGACAAUGAUUUAAAUUUAAAAAGAAUUAAAAUAUUCAUCAUUAUCAAGUCAUUCAUUUUGGACACUUUUGUUUGUUAUGGAAUUCAAACUUUUGCUUUUCUUUAAGAAAAAAAAAAUAAUAAUAAUAACCUGAGGCGUGUUUUACUAAAUUUCAGCUGGAAAACAACUUCCAGAGAGACAAAAUGUUUGUAAAAACAAAUUGAAAAAAAAAAAAAAAAAAAUGAAUUUACUCAAAAAUGUGUUAUGAAUUACUGUGUGGAAAUUGCCAUCAACUCCUAUACAUAUUGUACUCAUCGUUAUUGUAUAUGAAUGUACGGUAUUUGAAUAAUCCGUUUUUUCUCGGGGAA